UUUGGAAUGGCAACAGAAAAAGAAGAAGAUGUAAAUAACUCGUGCCACCUUUCAAUAAUCGUUUGUCAAUUUUGGUAAAUUUUAAACUAAUUAUUAGUAAUAGAAAAUGGUGACACAAACCGAAAACGUUAGUAUUGAUCCGAGAGGGGAUUUCUCGUCAGAGGAUCUAAAGUUGCGUCCCAUAAAUUGCGAACUGAAUCCACUAACACGAUCUGAUGCAUCCGCUUUGUUUACGCAAGGAGACACCUGUGUACUAACUUCAAUGCUCGGUCCUGUGGAAGUAAAAUCGCAAAAUCUUAAUAUUGAAAAGGCACAUGUGGAGUGUAUUUACCGCCCCAAAGCAGGAAUACCAACUAUAGAAGACAAAUUAAGGGAGAACGUAAUUCGUGAUACCUGCGAGUCUGCGUUGUUGACUGUGCUGCAUCCACGCACAACUAUUUCGAUUCAAAUACAGGAAUUGGAUAAUCGGUGUGGGAUCGAAGCUUGUGCGAUAAAUGGUGCUUGUCUGGCGUUGCUCAUAGGUGGUGUUCCUAUGAAGUUCACUAUAGCUGCAGUGCACUGUAUUGUCGACAAGGAUGACAAAGUAGUGCUCGAUCCUGAUCACUGCAAAGCUAUUGGUAAACGUGCCAGCUUCAUAUUUGUUUUUGAUAGCUUAGAAAAGAACUUGGUGACGGUUCACACUAGUGGUCGUUUCCGUAUGGCACAGUUUAAUGACGCUGAAUGUAUGAGUCGUGCAGCAAGUCAGAUAAUAUUUAAUUUUUACCGCCGAAUUAUUUCAAAUUUCCAUAACAAAUCGCUGUUGACGGCAGACACAAAAGUGCGGAAUACAGAAGCUGAAACAGUGGUCAAAUCAGAGCCAAUGGAUGUGUAAUUUUUCAAAAAAAAGUAAACAGGAAUUGUAUAUUUAACACGAAACAGAUUGCUUACAAUUUUAUUACAUUUUUGUCUUCAUAACGGUUUGAAUAAAACUGUCGUAUAGAAC